GGACGCACACACUUUUACGCUUUAUACGCACACGACAAAUCACUCGCCGACCACUCUCCUGUGCUUAUAGGGAACAAACCAAGGGAUAUCAGCACCGAUGCCGUGCCGUUUGCACAGUCUCUGUCCCCGUCUGGUGAAGUAACGGGAGGAUUUUACUCGGAUUUGUACACUCACUUUUUUGUGAAUAGAGAUGCGCCGUGCGUAAAAAUCUGGUAAUCCCAUUGUAGAAAAGAGCUGUCACUCUCCCACCUGUUGGCAGGUGGUGUCGGCUUCACCCGCGGACAUCUACUAUGACAUUGGGCUUGGAAAUCAUGGAGGAUAUUGUUAUCGACGUUGUAGGGGAAGGACUCAAAGACAACGCAGAGGAGCAGCUCUUACCUUUGGAUGAGUCGCGGACUGAGCAGGACCGCAACUCGGAGACUUUGUCAUCCGGCAGUCAGAGUAAAGACCAGGACGAUUACAGCCCCGCACCGGCGUGUCCCCCUCCUAAAACCAAAGGUCCCACUUCGGUGAAGCCUCCGUACUCAUACAUUGCGCUGAUAACGAUGGCCAUCUUGCAGAGUCCAAAGAAACGCCUCACCCUCAGCGAGAUAUGUGACUUUAUCAGCCACCGCUUCGUUUAUUACCGGGAGAAAUUCCCUGCGUGGCAGAACUCUAUCAGACACAAUCUGUCCCUUAAUGACUGCUUUGUAAAGAUGCCAAGAGAGCCUGGAAACCCCGGGAAGGGCAACUACUGGACGCUGGAUCCCAACUCCUCGGACAUGUUUGAGAACGGGAGUUUUCUGCGCAGGAGGAAGCGCUUCAAGCGGCAGCACUUUCGGUUCGACCCGCUCAAGGAGCAGCACCUGGAGCCCAGCGGACUGCACGGUUUCCCCCACGGUGCUUACGGGCUCGGAGCGGCGGCUCUGCAGCUGCCCAGCCUGGAGAUUUACCCUUAUAUCCAUCACCACGCGCCCUCGCCGUGCGCCCCCGCCAACAUCCCACCUGUCAGCAGCAUCCUGCCGGCUCUCUCCAGCUUCUUCUCCCGCGGCGCCCUCACAGCCAAGGCUUUCCUCCAGUCACAGCCCGGCAUUGACGCCUUCUCCCCGGCACAAUGUACUGCUUACUCCUCUCCUCUGACCUCCAGCGCAGCCUACGCGUCCCCUGCGCUCUUCCAUCCCGCGGCCUCUCCGCACUUCCUCAGUUUACACCAGGAGUAUCAGAAAUUACAGACUCAGCGUGGCGCCGCGAACCUGGCCAAACACGCCAGUAGUGUUAAUAAUGAAUAAUCUGUGCGUAAAACGGGACUUCUUUUUCUCAGGUAACAGAGACAGUUGAAGCAGAAACUCGCAAUUUCUCCUGUUUGAAAUUGAACGGAUCUGUUCUAAAAGAAUGUUGUAAAUAUAUCAGAAACGAUUCUUCUUUCCUACUUUAAUGCCAAAAACUUUCAGCAGGCGUCUUUUUACUUUUAACAUGAUUUAUCCUUUUUU